CAUUGCACUCAAGUCAUUACCUGAUCUUUCUAUAUAAGCUAUUCACCGAAUAAACUUUUCGGUUUCCUAUAGCAUUGUCUCCUUGUUAACAAUCCUUGCCUAGUUUCAGAGUCAUCUUUUCUACUGCCUUGUUGUUCCAUUUCCUGCUUCUCAAAUUAUGUCUGCCUCUCUCCAAGAAAACAUUUCUAUCUUUAGUUUACUUAAUGUCCCAAGCACCCGUAGCAAACCCAAUAAAAGAUGGCAUUUUGCUUUUACUGCUAUUUAUUGCUCUAGAACCAUAUACUAUCUGAGCAAAAAUGCAAUACGCAAGAAAAAGGGUGCUAAGAUUUCCCCCUGUCCAUCUUUUAUCAUACUCGAUAUUAAUUCAGGCGACAAUUGCUUCAAGAUUAAUCAAGCAAGUCUAACUGAGCUUGUUAAAAAGAAAAACCUUGACCAGUUUCAAAAAUAUGGUGGGAUCUCUGGUGUUGCAUCUGCUAUUGAAACGGACAUAGAAGCAGGCAUCAAUGGCAGCCCUCAGGACAUUGCUCACCGAAGUGAAGCAUUUGGUUCCAACAAGUAUAAGAAACCGCCAACAAAGCGCUUCUUCUACUUUGUGGUAGAAUCUUUUAAAGAUCUUACCAUUGCCAUUCUUUUAGGUUGUGCAGCUCUUUCUCUUGGGUUUGGAAUCAAAGAGCAUGGUCUAAAGGAAGGUUGGUAUGAUGGUGGAAGCAUUUUUGUUGCUGUGUUUCUUGUCAUCGUAGUCUCUGCUGUAAGCAAUUACAGGCAAAAUAGACAAUUUGAUAAGUUAUCCAAAGUCAGCAACAAUAUUCAAAUUGAUGCUGUAAGACGAGGUAGGAGACAACAGGUCUCAAUAUUUGAACUUGUUGUGGGAGAUGUUGUUUGCCUCAAUAUUGGGGACCAGGUCCCUGCUGAUGGAUUGUUCAUAGAUGGGCAUUCCUUCCAAAUUGAUGAAUCCAGCAUGACAGGGGAAAGUGACCAUGUAGAAGUUAAUCACAACCAAAACCCAUUCUUGUUCUCUGGCACCAAGGUUGCGGAUGGCUAUGGCAGAAUGCUUGUUACAUCAAUGGGAAUGAACACAACAUGGGGAGAAAUGAUGAGCCAUAUCAGCCGCGACACCAAUGAACAGACACCUUUGCAGGCUAGGCUUAAUAAGCUCACUUCAUCCAUAGGCAAAGUCGGUCUUGCUGUUGCUUUCCUUGUUCUUGUAGUAUUGUUGGUUCGAUACUUCACAGGGAAUACACAAGAUGAGAAUGGAAAUAGGGAGUUUAAUAGCAACAAGACAAAGGCAGAUGAUAUAGUGAAUGCUGUAGUAGGAUUCGUAGCAGAUGCAAUCACAAUUGUUGUAGUCGCAAUCCCAGAAGGACUGCCGUUGGCCGUCACACUCACUCUAGCUUAUUCGAUGAAAAGGAUGAUGGCUGAUCAAGCAAUGGUGAGGAAGCUCUCCGCAUGCGAGACAAUGGGCUCUGCCACCACUAUUUGUACCGACAAAACAGGCACUCUUACAAUGAACCAGAUGAAGUUGACAAAAUUUUGGCUAGGCCAAGAAUCAAUGGAGCAGAGCACUUCUUCCAUUUCCCCCCAUGUUCUUGAAUUGAUGAAACAAGGAGUUGCAUUUAAUACAACGGGAAGUGCCUACAGAGCAAAUCCAGAAGCUGAUUAUGAAUUCUUAGGCAGUCCAACAGAAAAAGCAAUUCUAUCUUGGGCUAUCCUGGAUUUGGAAAUGGAUAUGGAGGAACAGAAGCAGAAUUGCAUCAUUCUCCAGGUCGAAGCUUUCAACUCACUGAAGAAAAGGAGUGGAGUUUUGAUAAAGAAGAAACUUGACAAAACGGUCCACGUGCACUGGAAAGGAGCUGCAGAGAUGAUACUAACAAUGUGCUCAAGUUACUAUAAUGCUUCCGGAAUAAUGAAAGAUCUGGAUGAUCAUGAAAAGAGUGUAUUCAAGCAAAUUAUUCAAGGCAUGGCAGCUAACAGCCUUCGCUGCAUUGCUUUUGCCCACACACAAAUGUCAGAAGAACAGUAUGAAGAAGGGAUGGAAGAGAAUAAGCUCAAAGAAAACAGCUUGACCCUGCUAGGACUUGUGGGUAUCAAGGAUCCAUGCCGACCAGGGGUGAAGAGAGCUGUGGAAGAUUGCCAACAUGCUGGAGUUAACAUCAAAAUGAUCACAGGUGACAAUGUCUUCACUGCAAGAGCUAUAGCCAUCGAGUGUGGGAUACUCAAGCCUGGCCAGGAUAUGUUCAGUGGAGCUGUAGUAGAAGGAGAAGAAUUUCGCAACUACACAUCUGAGGAAAGAAUGGAGAAAGCAGAUAAAAUAUGCGUCAUGGCAAGAUCUUCCCCUUUGGAUAAACUUCUCAUGGUGCGGUGCCUGAAACAAAAAGGUCACGUGGUGGCUGUCACUGGUGAUGGAACUAAUGAUGCACCAGCAUUGAAAGAAGCAGAUAUUGGGCUGUCCAUGGGGAUCCAGGGUACUGAAGUUGCCAAGGAAAGCUCAGAUAUUGUCAUUUUGGAUGAUAAUUUUGCUUCUGUGGCUACAGUUUUGAGGUGGGGAAGGUGUGUCUACAACAACAUACAGAAAUUUAUUCAGUUCCAGCUCACUGUCAAUGUUGCUGCGCUUGUAAUCAAUUUUGUGGCAGCAGUUUCAGCCGGUGAAGUCCCAUUGACAGCAGUCCAGUUACUGUGGGUGAAUUUGAUCAUGGACACACUUGGUGCUCUGGCUCUUGCUACAGAACAACCCACUAAAGAGCUCAUGGAUAAACCACCCGUGGGCAGAACUGAGCCUCUUAUCACCAACAUUAUGUGGAGGAACAUAUUGGCUCAAGCUUUGUAUCAGAUAGCUGUUCUCUUGACGCUUCAAUUUAAAGGCGAAUCCAUCUUUGGAGUCACGGAGAAAGUAAACGACACAUUGAUUUUCAAUACUUUUGUUCUCUGCCAAGUGUUUAAUGAAUUUAAUGCAAGGAAGCUGGAGAAGAAGAAUGUGUUCAAGGGGAUACAUGAGAACAAGUUGUUCUUAGGAAUCAUUUGGAUAACCAUAGUCCUUCAGGUGCUAAUGGUAGAGUUUCUGAAGAAGUUUGCAGAUACAGAGAGAUUGAAUUGGGCUCAGUGGGUUCUAUGCAUUGGAGUGGCAGCUAUUACAUGGCCAAUUGGUUGUGUGGUCAAGUUGAUACCUGUUGCACAGAAACCAAUUUUCAGCUAUCUGAAUUGAAGGAAGUAGAAUUCAGAAAAUUGAUUGAUUUUAGUUUUUAUUGUUCUUUAUUAGUGUAAAUAAAAUUCUAGAAGCCUAUUUAUACCAAAAGAAAUACAGAUGAUUAUUCAUUGUAUAAA